AUGGCGUCCGUGGACUUCAAGACCUACGUGGACCAGGCAUGCCGCGCGGCUGAGGAGUUCGUGAACGUGUACUAUAGCACCAUGGACAAGCGGCGGCGGCUGCUGUCCCGCCUGUACAUGGGCACGGCCACCCUGGUGUGGAAUGGCAACGCCGUCUCCGGGCAAGAGUCCCUGAGUGAGUUUUUUGAGAUGCUGCCUUCCAGCGAGUUCCAGAUCAAUGUGGUAGACUGCCAGCCUGUCCAUGAUGAAGCCACCCCGAGCCAGACCACGGUCCUUGUGGUGAUCUGUGGGACAGUGAAGUUUGAGGGCAACAAACAGCGGGACUUCAACCAGAACUUCAUCCUGACAGCACAGGCCUCACCCAGCAACACAGUGUGGAAGAUCGCCAGCGACUGCUUCCGGUUCCAGGACUGGGCCUGCUAG